AAUUUUAGUAAGCAUUUUCCAGAAGGAUCCUUUGGAAUGGAGUAAUAGCAAAUAUUUGAAUGAAAUUUCAUACAGGAUGAUGCAACUAUCAAAAGAAAUAAGUUGUUUGCCAAACUGUUGUAAAGAAACACUACAGACAGCCAUCAAAGCUGAAAUUGAGCUUUUAAACCUUCGUUAUCAGAUGUUUUAUCAGCACUGCUGGCAGACUUGUAGACUUUUUAUGAAAGAAAAGGAAAAUAUAAGCAGUUCACCACUUGGAACCAGAAAAUCGGUGUCAGAAAUGUUAUUGUCACAAGAUAAUGAAGUAUCUUUACUGCACUUAAUUACAUCUCAAAAGAAUGAAAACAGUGAUUCUCAUCAGUGCCUUUCCAAGAUAGAGGAGAAAGAAAACAGCCUUGAAGAGAAAAGUUCUUUAAAUACACAAGAAAUCAGUGAAGAAUGGUUAGAUGCUACAGAGAACCUAACAACACUGGAGUCAUCAGUUUCAAAAGAAACACAGGCAAUAGAAAGGAGGAAAAAAGAGUUGAAAAACAAUUAUUUUGUCUAUGUUGAUGGUCUGAAUUCUUCAGUAUCAGAAGUUGAUCUUUGGAUUCAUUUCCAGAAGUAUAAUGUUUCUGAGGUUUUGGUUUGUGAUUAUUCUGAAAAUUACAGGUAUGCAUCUCUUACUUUUAAAACAGCCUGCGAUGCAAAGCUGGCUGUGAAAGAAAUGAAUGGGAGAAAAAUAAAAGGAAAAGCAAUAAAAGUUCAGCUUGAAAGGACAAUUGGAGAAAAAGGAAUCCAAGAGAAUCAAAACUGUAUGAAACAAAAGUUUGAAAAUCAUGAGCCCCUAUCUAAAAAGAGAACCAACUAUCAGAAAAACUCUGAUGCUACACUGAUACUGCCUCCAGAUGAUCCUUUCACUUUAAAAAUGUCUGAUGUCUCCAAAGAUGAUUUGAAGUCGUCAUUGCCUGCUUUGCCAUUAACAAAUGUUUUCAGACCUGCCUCAGGUUCUCCAGAAGUGCUCCUUUGUGCUUCAGGCUCUUCCAAAGUGCCCAAUUCUGACACUGUAUUUUCUUCACCAAAAAAAGCAUCCUUUGAAGUAGAUCAAAAGGAUAUUGCAGACAGCCUCUUGCCAUUUGGCUCAAUACAGUUUACUCCAAAUCCAUCUUCUACUUUUAUAACUCCAAAUACAUUAAACUUAAGAAGUUUCCGCAAAGUAGUAAAGAAACUGGAAGAGUUAUAUCCACAGAUUACUAGAGACAACAUUUUGGCUGCUUUGGUAGAGAUAAAAGAAAACAAGAGUCAACUUAGUGGUUUGCCCUUAAGCACAAUUAUUCAAAUGACAUCAUCUCUCCUGAAUAAAAAAUGGGCAUCACAAUCAGAAAAAAAGGAAUCUGAGAAAUAAACAAACAUUUGUGGGUUUCCUGAUACAUCUUCAGUUUACAGUCAUGUUACUUUAUCUCUAAGAAGCC